GCAGCGCCCCGCCCGCCCGCGGCUCCCCAGCCCCAGGCCGGGAGGUAGGAAGGCGCCGGCGGGAGUCGGGGAUCCAGCUUUGGGGCCCAGAUGGGGGAACCCCGGGCUGGGGCCCCCCUGGACGAUGGCAGUGGCUGGACAGGAAGUGAGGAAGGAAGUGAGGAGGGCACCGGCGGCAGCGAGGGGGCUGGGGGCGAUGGGGGUCCGGACGCAGAAGGUGUGUGGAGUCCAGACAUCGAGCAGAGCUUCCAGGAGGCCCUGGCCAUCUACCCGCCAUGCGGCCGGCGGAAAAUCAUCCUGUCUGAUGAAGGCAAGAUGUAUGGUCGGAAUGAGCUGAUUGCCCGCUACAUCAAGCUGAGAACAGGGAAGACCCGAACUCGCAAACAGGUCUCUAGUCACAUCCAAGUUCUGGCUCGAAGGAAAUCAAGGGAAAUCCAGUCCAAGCUCAAGGCCUUGAAUGUGGACCAGGUUUCCAAGGACAAGGCUUUCCAGACCAUGGCCACCAUGUCCUCAGCCCAGCUCAUCUCAGCACCUUCCCUGCAGGCCAAACUGGGCCCUGCUGGUCCUCAGGCUUCUGAGCUUUUCCAGUUUUGGUCAGGGGGCUCUGGUCCCCCCUGGAAUGUUCCAGAUGUGAAGCCAUUCUCGCAGACACCGUUCUCCUUGUCACUGACCCCCCCAUCUACUGACCUCCCAGGGUACGAGCCCCCCCAAGCCCUGUCACCCCCUGCCCUGCCCCCACCUGCCCCAUCACCCCCAGCCUGGCAGGCUCGGGCCCUGGGCACUGCCCGGUUGCAGCUGGUGGAGUUCUCAGCCUUUGUGGAACCACCCGAUGCCGUUGAUUCUGCGAUGUUGAUGCUGCUGGCCUGGGGACCACACUUUGAGAACUGCUAGCAUGGAGGAACUGGAUGGUCGUGGGGUCACGGUUGGGAAGGUCAGAGAAACUCUCCAGGUCAUUGCUUGUUCAUUCAGCAAAUAUUUUUGAGGGCCUACUGUGUGCCAGGUUUUGUGGUGGAGACUGGGAACCUGGAAAACAGAUCUUGUUUCUAGACUUGAACUUUUCCUGGGCCUGGACGGAGACAGAUGCCAUAUUAGUCAUGGUGGGCUGACUGUUAGCAGAAAUAACCUUAACCUUCAGGGAAUGAACAUAACACCAGUUUCUCACUCAUGUAACAUUUCAGUGUAGCUGUUCAGUUAGGAGCUUUACACACAGUGAUUCGGAGAAUUCAGGCUCCUUCCAUUUUGUGGUUCUGACAUUUUCUAGGGCUUCAGAAUCUGCUGCUGGAUUCCCUGCAUCUGGCCAGCAGAUGGUGGAAGGGAGAGACUCAAGAAUUGUGCAGGAGUUUUUACGGGGGUCUGUCUUGGAAGUGACAACUAUCAGGUUCUGCUCACAUCCCAUUGGCCAGAAUUUAGUCAUGUGGCCACACCUCACUGCAAAGGGGUCUGGGAAGUGUAGUUUAGUUGUGUGAAAAGGAAUGGGGGGGGUUUCUGAACACCUAGCAGUCUCUGCCACAGCCACAUAAACACCAAUUGCUGUGUAUGGUGGUCCUAUAAAACCCAAGUUGAAACCCUCUCAUCUCACUUGGAGCAAAGGUAAAGUCUUUUCAGUUUCCCACAAGGCUCUGCAUGAUCUGACCCCAAUUCCUGCUCUGCCCUCACCUCCUGCCCUUAUAUGCUUGCCCACUCUGCUCUGGUCACACUGGCCUCCAUGCUCUUUCUCAAACACACCAGGCCCACUCCUGCCUCAGGGCCUUUGCAUCUGCUAUUCUUGCCACCUGGAAUAUGUUUUCCCCAGAUACCACCACUGUCUCUCUCCAUUCAUUCAGGCCUUUGCUUAUCUUCUCAGAUUGUAUUCCCCAGACCACUUUAUGGAAAAUACCAGCUGCCAUCAUGCUCAACCGCUUUACUAUUCUUUAUUGGGAAUUUUUUUCAUAGCAUUUGUCACUCUGAAAUUUAUUUUAUCCAUGGGUUGAUUUUUAAAAUUUUCUGUCUUUGCUAGUAGACUCCAUGAGGCCAGGGACUUUGUCUUAUAGCCAUAGGACCCAGUGCCUGCACACAGUAGGUCUCUCAAUAGAUGUCUAUUGAAUGAUGAGUAUGUGCUGGGAUAGGGGAAGCUCAAGUUUUCGUGGGUGUACAGAGCAGUCAU